UUCAGCGAGUGCUGGAGAGAGCGCACACAGACGGGACAGUCAGUGAGAGACACUCAGUGCCGCAGUAGUUCACUACUCACGUCAAAUGGCAGGACUGACUCGUACGGCAAAUUAAGAGAACUCACCGAAUCAGACCGAUCAAUCUAUGCAGCAACAGCAUGACUCGCACUGUUUCGCUUUAAAGGAAAAGGAAAAGGUUGUGCAGAAGACAGCAGCAAAUUGGCUUUGGUCUACAGUUUAAAUAUUGUUUGAAUCUGUUGAUCAACCCGCUUUGCUUUUCUUCCCUGUGAGUUGAGGAUUUUGUAUUGGAUGCAAGUAGAAUAGAUAGCUACUAAACUUUAAGAUGGAAGAAGACAUUAAGUGGAGAGACGCUUCUCAGUCAAGUAAGGAGAGGACUUGUGGCGAGCAUCCUUGCAAGAAACGGUUUUGGACAAAUUGGAAAGACUUGUAUGGAAUGGCAUUCUGCACCGCUUUGUCUUUAAUAUCGCUUGGAAUUUGGAUUUUGGUUUACCUGAAGACGUCGGAGCUGCAGUCCAGGGUAUACAGCCUAGAGAAGCAGAGAGACCCCCCGCUCUCGGGUUGGAUCGCACUCGAACAGGUGGAGCCCGUUCUCUUAAGUCGUCUGGAUAAGAUUUUAGAAGAGAAACUAGCAGCUCGUCUACCGAAGAUUCGAGAGACCCGUGAAGCGUCCCAUAACUGCCUGUGUCCGCCAGGACCUCCUGGUCCGCCUGGACGAGCUGGCUUUCCGGGAGACAAAGGAGCAAUGGGCAUUCCUGGAAGAAUGGGCUUAAAGGGAUACACGGGGGAGAAGGGAGCCCCAGGGGAACCAGGUUUGUCAAUCAUUGGACCGCGAGGACCUCCUGGACAGCCAGGGACAAGAGGAUUUCCAGGUUUUCCGGGGCCGAUUGGUUUGGACGGGAAGCCUGGACAAAAUGGUCUGAAAGGUGAUAUGGGACCUCGUGGCCCUAAAGGAGCCCCAGGUGAACCAGGUCCUAAAGGAGAAAAGGGUGUUUGUGGUGACUACACGCAUCGGGGACACCCACUGAAAACUCUGGCUGCGUUACGCUCCAGUCAGGCUCUGAUGUUUAAGCAGGGCGAACCAGGAGCUCAAGGACCACCUGGCCCUCCUGGCCCCCCGGGGCCUCCCGGAACCCCAGGUCUAAAUGGUGCCAGUGGACCGCCGGGUAAACCUGGAGAGCCAGGGAAGCCUGGGAAAGAUCCAAAGAUGUUACCAGGGCUGAAGGGAGAGCCAGGCACGCCCGGCCAGAAGGGUGAUCGUGGAGACAUGGGCCUACGUGGACCAGAGGGUCCCAAGGGAGAUGAAGGCCUGAAGGGUGAAAAGGGAGAACCUAGUGCUGCAGGAACUGGCAUUAAAGGAGAACCAGGCACCCCGGGACUGCCAGGACCAGCUGGACCCAAGGGCGAAAAAGGCGAUCAAGGAAUUAAGGGAGAUGCUGGACCCGAAGGCCCAUCUGGACCAAGAGGUCCCCCAGGUCCAAUGGGAGAACCAGGAAAAACAUUAGUCAACAACAACGAAAAUGACAUCCGCAACGUUCAUUUAAUGCAGGGCCCACCUGGUCUUCCUGGCCCCCCUGGGCCUCCAGGCACUAAGGGUGAGGUUGGUCUGCCAGGUCCCCCUGGUCUUGAUGGGGAAAAGGGUCCUAGAGGGAAACCAGGAGAGCAAGGGCCUGUUGGACCCCCUGGUCCUGAGGGGCCAAGAGGAGAAGGAGGAGUCAUGGGUUUCCCAGGGCCAAAAGGAGAUAAGGGGGACAUGGGCCCUUCAGGAUCACCUGGUUUAGAUGGCCCUACUGGUGAAAAGGGGGACACAGGCCCCCCAGGUCCUAUUGGAUUACCAGGCUCAAUGGGUCAGAAAGGUGAACCAGGCGAGAAGGGUGAAAAAUCAGAUCUGGUGUAUGGGCCUCCAGGACCUCCAGGACCCCAGGGGCCAGUAGGGCCAAUGGGACCUCCUGGACUGUCAGGGUCAAAGGGAGAACCAGGGGUGGGUGUCAAAGGAGAAAAAGGAGCAUCUGGCCAGAAGGGAGAUAAAGGAGACAGGGGCCAUCUUGGACUUCCUGGUCUGAUAGGACCAGCUGGUGUACCUGGCCCAGCAGGACCAAAAGGAGAAAGGGGGGAGAAAGGAGAUAUGGGGGCACCAGGACCAAUUGGGCCUCAAGGCAUCCCUGGUUUAGUAGGACCACCAGGAUUUAAAGGAAAUCGGGGGGAGAGGGGCAAGAGAGGCAACAGGGGGCCGAAAGGGGAUAAGGGAGACCAAGGAGCCCCAGGAUUAGAUGCCCCUUGUCCGUUGGGCGAGGAUGGUCUACCAGUAUCAGGCUGCUGGAAUAAAUGACGUUAAUUCCGGAAUGCUCUGUUUGUUUGUA